CUUUGUGACGCGGCGGCGACGACGGCCGCGGACACAAAGGGAAGGCGAGGCGGCGAGCGAGGGGCUGGGCCUGCCCCCACCCCGCGACCCCCGCCCCGCGACCCCCGCCCGCCGGGCGCGCGCCCGCUCGUCCCCGGGCCUCCGUCUCCCCCGCGCGGGCUCGCUCCCUCGCGCGCACCCGCCCCGACCCUCCGACUCCGUCCCGAGCGCUGCGGGCCCGGGCCUGGCGGGCGCUGCGGGCGGGGCGGGGAUGCUGAGGGGCCGCUCCCGGGCGCAGCGGCGCGGCUGGUAGGAGACGCCGAGGCGGCGGUGGGACUCCCGGCGCGCGGCUGGAUGCCCCGGGCCUGCGCUCCCUUGCGCUUCCCGCCGUCCAGGGGCGCCAGUCAUGGGCGCCGCGGCCGCUGAGGCGCCGCUCCGGCUGCCGGCCGCGCCCCCGCUCGCCUUCUGCUGCUACACGUCGGUGCUUCUGCUCUUCGCCUUCUCUCUGCCCGGGAGCCGCGCGUCCAACCAGCCCCCGGGUGGCGGCGGCGGCGACUGUCCCGGCGGCAAAGGCAAGAGCAUCAACUGCUCAGAAUUAAAUGUGAGGGAAUCUGAUAUAAGAGUUUGUGAUGAAUCAUCAUGUAAAUAUGGAGGUGUCUGUAAAGAAGAUGGAGAUGGUUUGAAAUGUGCAUGUCAAUUUCAGUGCCAUACAAAUUACAUUCCUGUCUGUGGAUCAAAUGGGGACACGUACCAAAAUGAAUGCUUUCUCAGAAGGGCUGCUUGUAAGCACCAGAAAGAGAUAACAGUAGUAGCAAGAGGACCAUGCUACUCUGAUAAUGGCUCUGGAUCUGGAGAGGGAGAAGAGGAAGGGUCAGGGGCAGAAGUUCACAGAAAACACUCCAAGUGUGGACCUUGCAAAUACAAAGCUGAGUGUGAUGAAGAUGCAGAAAAUGUUGGGUGUGUGUGUAAUAUAGAUUGCAGUGGGUACAGUUUUAAUCCUGUGUGUGCUUCUGAUGGGAGUUCUUAUAACAAUCCCUGUUUUGUCCGAGAAGCAUCUUGUAUAAAACAAGAACAAAUUGAUAUAAGGCAUCUUGGUCAUUGCACAGACACAGAUGACACUAGUUUGUUGGGAAAGAAAGAUGAUGGACUACAGUAUCGACCAGAUGUGAAAGAUGCUAGUGAUCAAAGGGAAGAUGUUUAUAUUGGAAACCACAUGCCUUGCCCUGAAAACCUCAAUGGUUACUGCAUCCAUGGAAAAUGUGAAUUCAUUUAUUCUACUCAGAAGGCUUCUUGUAGAUGUGAAUCUGGUUACACUGGACAGCACUGUGAAAAGACAGACUUUAGCAUUCUCUAUGUAGUGCCAAGUAGGCAAAAGCUCACUCAUGUUCUUAUUGCAGCAAUUAUUGGAGCUGUACAGAUUGCCAUUAUAGUAGCAAUUGUCAUGUGCAUAACAAGAAAAUGCCCUAAAAACAAUAGAGGACGACGACAGAAGCAAAACCUAGGUCAUUUUACUUCAGAUACAUCAUCCAGAAUGGUUUAAACUGGUGACUUUUAUAUGUACACUGACCAUGUGAUGUACAUUUAUUAUGUCUUUUUUUAAAGAAUGGAAAUAUUUAUUUCAGAGGCCUUAUUUUUGGACAUUUUUAGUGUAGUACUGUUGGCUCGUAUUUAGAAUAUUCAGCUACAACAGUUUUGGACUGUGUAGAGUCUUUGUUUUAUGUUUUUAAAUACAGAAAUUGAUUUCACAAAUUUGUACCACAUGGUAAUUCUGAGACUUGUUCUUUACCCAUGGAAUGUAAUAUUUUUGCAAAGAUGGACCACUUCACAAAUGGUUAUAAAGUCAUACCCACUUCCUCCACAAUGACCACAGCAAAUGACCAAGCAUGAACUAAAGGUAAAGAUGUUUACAGAUUACUUUUCUUACAAAAAAAAUCUAGAAGACACUGUGUUUAGACAUUUCAAUGUUUUUGAGAUUUAUUAACUGAUUUUUUUAGACACUGCCUAUCGCAUGAACUGUAAAGCUGUGUGUGUUAGAUGUAAAAUAUUUAUAAGAUGUAUGGACUGGAAUUUGAU